UUAAACUCUACCUCACAGAAUAUCAACUUGGGACCAUCUGGAAAUCCUCAUGCGAAACCAACCGACUUUGAUUUCCUGAAAGUUAUUGGGAAAGGCAGCUUUGGCAAGGUUCUUCUUGCAAAACGAAAACUGGACGGGAAAUACUAUGCUGUCAAAGUGCUGCAGAAAAAAAUCGUCCUUAAUAGGAAAGAGCAAAAACAUAUUAUGGCUGAACGUAACGUGCUUUUGAAAAAUGUGAAACAUCCAUUUUUGGUUGGAUUACAUUACUCAUUCCAAACAACAGAAAAGCUUUACUUUGUCCUGGAUUUUGUUAAUGGAGGAGAGCUGUUCUUUCACUUACAAAGAGAACGUUCCUUUCCUGAGCACAGAGCCAGAUUUUAUGCUGCUGAAAUAGCCAGUGCACUGGGCUACUUACACUCCAUAAAUAUAGUGUACAGGGAUUUAAAACCAGAAAACAUUCUCCUCGAUUCACUAGGUCACGUUGUGUUGACAGACUUUGGACUCUGUAAAGAAGGGAUUGCAACUUCUGAUACCACUGCAACUUUUUGUGGGACACCGGAAUAUCUUGCACCAGAAGUCAUCAAGAAGCAGCCCUAUGACAACACAGUAGACUGGUGGUGCCUUGGUGCGGUUCUUUAUGAAAUGCUUUAUGGGCUGGUAUGUAUUUAAUAAUGUGGGGGGCAGGGGCUGCUUCCCUCCCCUUUCCCCCCUCUUAUGUUGAAGUAACCCUGUAGUGCUGUUAAAGAUGCAAACUUCUGCAAAAUACCGAAAUACUCCAUUUAAAUGGAUGAACAGUUUGUCUCCUACUUAACAUAGUACCUGUUUUGGAUUUUGCAUUGCCUCUUGGUGGCUAAAACUUUGGUUUACAGUGAACUGCUGGACAUCAGUCAUGCUUUGAGGGAAUGUGAGAGUGAACUGGAUCAACAGUGAUAAUACCCAAUAAAAAACUCAACUUCUGAGUAAAAUUAUGCCAAAUACUGCAAGAAAUAAAAUUAAGAUACUUUUUUUACUUAGUCUCCCAGGUUUUCUCCUAGCUUUUC